AUGAAAUCAUCGUGUCCAACCUCGACAUCAGCCCUCCUCCUCCUCCUCUCACUCCUUGCCUAUUGUAUAGCUCAGUCGACGAACUCGAGCUUCCCCAAACGGGGUCUCUGCUACAUUGGAACUGACAACUCCGAAUCCGAUGCCUCGAUCUUCACCCACCGGAACAGUCCCCUGACGUGGUACUACAACUACAGUCCGUGGCCAGGGCCCGGCUCCUCGCUCACGCGGUGGACGACCGAAUUCGUGCCGAUGGUCCACUCGGCCUCGGACGCCGUCGCCGCGGUCGACACCAUACAGGGCAUCUUGAACGGGUCACUGAGGGUGCCCGUGGCAUCAACUCCCAGCCGACGCGGGAACCACAUCCAGCACGUGCUCACGUUCAACGAACCCGACGGCGACACCUCGUCGGGAGGGUCCGACUCGUCACCCUCGCACGCCGCGCAAGUCUGGCUCGACACCGUCGCCCCGCUCCGCGGGCCGCCGUACAAUCUGAGGGUGUCGCUGCCCGCGACCACGGGCUCGCCCCGCGGCCUCGAGUGGCUGAGGGACUUCAACGCGUCGUGCUACCGCCUCAACCGCACGGCCGGGUGUGCCUUCGACUUCGUGGCCGCGCACUGGUACGGCGAUUUCGUCGGCUUGAGCUCCUGGCUGGGCCAGCUCCGCGAAAUCUACCCGGCCAAACCGAUCUGGGUGACCGAGUUUGCCAUCCCCAGUGUGUCGGACGAGGAGACGGAGGCGUUUAUGAACCAGUCGCUGCCGUACCUCGAUAGCUUGGAUUACGUCGACCGGUAUGCUUGGUUCGGCGCGUUCAGGCAGAGCGAUGCGAAUGAGUGGACCGGGGACGGGGUCAGUCUGUUCGAUCGCGACGGAGAUCUGACUGAGCUGGGGGCUGUGUGGAUGGGUGGGGAGCAGAACGCGUUCGAGGAGGGGACGAGUGCAGGUAACGAUGGCGGUGAUGAUAAUGGUGGCGGUGGCGUGGUGAGGUGGGAUGGUCGGUUAUUGGUGCUAUGCUUGGUGAUAGGCAUCAUAGCGUAUAUAUGGUGA